AUGGCUACUUGGAAACGGGACAGUCGGCUGACCGGCAGCCAGCGGCUGUUGUGUGCCGGGCUGAAGCUGGGCCCUGGGGAGGGCCUCGGCGGCCUUCGGGACCACGUGGGAGCCCCUCAGAGCAGUCGAGUCCCCAUGUGCCGCCACCAGAGUUUGGCAACUUUUAUUGCGACGUUUGUCAUGCUGUUCACAGACAAUUCGGGCCAGAUUACCCAGUGGGAUGCCAUCAUGGCUGGGAGCCUUGCAGGCAUGGUGUCCACCAUUGUGACGUAUCCUACAGACCUCAUCAAAACCCGGUUAACUGUGCAGAACAUGCUGGAACCAUCUUAUAGGGGCAUCUUCCAUGCUUUCUCAACUAUUUAUCAACAGGAAGGGCUCCUGGCCUUUUAUCGAGGGGUUUCCAUGACUGUUUUAGGUGCUGUUCCAUUCUCUGCUGGCUCCCUUCUCGUUUACGUGAACCUGGAGAAAAUCUGGCACGGACCCCGCAGUCAGUUUUCUGUCCUCCAGAACUUUGCCAAUAUCUGUCUGGCUGCUGCAGUAACCCAAACCCUGUCCUUUCCCUUUGACACAGUGAAGAGAAAGAUGCAGGCGCACAGCCUCUAUCUCCCCCAUCAUGGAGGAGUUGAUGUCCAUUUCUCAGGAGUUGUGGACUGCUUCCGGCAGAUUAUAAAGACUCAAGGGGUGCUGGGGCUCUGGAACGGACUGACAGCCAGCUUACUGAAGAUAGUUCCAUAUUUUGGCAUUAUGUGUAGCACUUUUGAAUGCUGCAAGAGAUUCUGUCUUUAUCAAAAUGGAUACAUUGUGUCUCCUCUGGGCUAUCAAUUGACCCCGGGAGUGGAUCAGAGUUUACAGCCCCAGGAAUUAAGAGAAUUAAAGAAGUAGGAGUCGAAAAAGCCAACCAAGUAGAAAUGCGUGGACUCGGA